CACGCUUCUCAUCAAACUUCAUUGCAAUCAAUCAAUCAAUCAAUCAAUCAAUCACACACACACACACACACACACACACACACACACAAAAUGGCCAACCAAGCAAUCCAAGUUCGUCAGCCUGAAGGAGACUGGAGACACGUUCUCCGCGACUUUGCCACUCCCGCUGGCCUUGAAUCCUUAAGGCGCGAUGCUUACGCUCGCCGCCUUCUCCCCAGACCUAUUAUGCCAGUCCGUUGGAGUGCGCCAUGGGUUCUCCCCGGUACUUGGUACGUCCUCAACGCCCACGCCGAGCAGGAGCGCAUUCAAGCUCUUCCUGCCCAACAGCAAGAUCAGGAGCACGCCGCCUUCGUCCAGGAGAGCGUCCAAGGCUACACUGACAUGGUCGUGACGGCUAUGCAAGAGCACUCUGUCGCCAUGGAAGCCUGGAACCAAGUCAGACGUCGCUGGGCUCAGGCCCACGGGCACGUUCCUGCCGUGUCGUCCGUCAUGGCCGCAGAAGUCGAUCGUUUGUCUCGCCUUCCCCUUGCUCUGCCUGCUCCCUCUGUGCCGGCAGCUACUCCAACUGCUCUGCCUGCUCCCAUUGUGCUGGCAGCUAAUCCAGCUCCUCUGCCUGCUUCGCCCGCUCCGAUGUUCGUCUUUGGUGCUGAAGGUUCUGCUCCUGCCUUUGACUUCAGUGCCCCUGCAGGCCCUGUCGUUGCAUCUCGCAGCCCUGCGGUUCCCUCUGGUCAACAAAGACCAUCUCAUCAACCCGGUGUGCCUCCUCCUCGCCUGCCUGCUGCCAUUCAUGGAGCCGCACCUGCCGCCACACCUGCCGCCACAGGAAACGCUGUGGCACUCGUCAUCAACCAGGAUGGCAACCCAACCGCUGCUGCUCCCGCUCCUGCUAUCGCCAGUUCAUCCGGCGAAUCCAACCUCGCCAUUGAGAAUGGCCCCACAAGCCCUGCUGCCGCCGAUGCUCUGGAUGCCGAGUACGUCUUCGACAACAACGGCAACCGCUACAUGCCCGAUGCUGCCGCCCCGGUCACCUCGACCGCCAUGACCUCGACCGCCAUGGUCCCUACCCAUGGUACUUCGGACGCCCUGGUCGUCGCCCCCAGCACCUCCACCACCCUCGCCACCACCUCGAGCGAGCCCGUCGUCGCCCCUGUCGACGUCAUCAACCCCACCUCCUCCCGCCAAGCUCCCACCUCCGGCGUCUCCAACACCUCGACACAGGUGCCCAAGUGGGGUGAAGAUGGGUUCGUCCCCAACGCAGACGCCAAGUUUGGUGAGCCUGGCUUCGUUCCUUGCAGCCUCCCCCAUAAGGCAAGUCGUGAGAAUGUCCAACACAGAGAGGUGGACUGCAACCGUGGCGGCUUGGGCGCGUCAAGACACAGAGAAGACACCCCGGCACCCGCUCUUCCUCGCGCCAACAACCGGUCGGCCAACAGAGCAUCACGCCAGGUGGUGACCUACCAGCAGCCGGCACCAAUGCCAAUGGUGACCUACCAGCAACCACCAUUCAUGCCAAUGGUCAACCAAUGGGGUCCCCCCUUCCCAGGGAUGUACCAACCGGGUGGCAUGGGCAUGUACCCCCCCAACCCCGCCAUGUACCCCCAGCAGGGCAACUACGCCCCCCCAGCUCCCCCGGCCACCUCUACUGCCGGCUUUCUUCAGGGGCUGGCCAACCAAUUCGCGACUCGCGUCCAACCGACUGCACAGACGUUCGAGACUCUCGGGACAAUGGCAGCCAUCGCUUCCGUCGCUCAGGACGGCAACCAGAUGCAGUUGCAGCAACAGCAAAUGCAGAUGCAGAUGCAGAUGCAAAUGCAGCAGCAACAACAACAACAACAGCCGCAGCAAGCCUUGGUGAUGACUCCGGAUGAACAGCGUCUCAUUCAACAACGCAGACAGCAGCAGCAACAAGGAUCCUCGUCCGCCAACCAGGGUGGUGGCAUCAACAAGAACAAGAACUCGCGUAAGGGCGGCAACAACAACAACAACAACAACAACAACAACAACUCGGGUCAUCACAAAGGACCCAAGAACAGCCGCGGUGGCGGUCGUGGCGGUCGUGGCGGUCGUGGUGGUCGUGGCGGCUCCGGCACUUCGGUCUGACCUGGUCUCAUUCAAGCCUGAUCACACAUUGCUCAUCGACCUGUCAUGAAAUUUUUGUGGAUUUUCCUCUUGUUCGAUGUCCCUCUCAUAAGCAUUUCUUUUGUAAUGCGGUCCCCUCAUGGACAUUUGCUUCUUUCAUUGCCUCCUCAUGGGCCUUUCCUUUGUUUUUGCAGUCCCCUCAUGGACAUUUGCUUCUUUCGUUGCCUCUUCAUGGGCUUUCACUUUUCCUCUCAGCCUUCUCAUGGGCUUCGCCUUCUCAAUGGCCGAGCAGACCCGCUUCGAUAAAACAACCGGGGUGAAUCCCUAGUCAACAAUCCUGUUGUCCUUCC